UCCACUGUCAAAACCAGCUGUUAUUCGAUGUUAUUACUCUGUUCUAUGAAUUGUUCAGUGUCUCCAUGGCAUUAAAUGGCAAAUUCUUCACUGGAUAAAAACAUGGCAAUAGGCAAUAUUGUUCUGCUAAGUCAGGUUGCAGGAUAUGUGGUGGCCCUAAUUCUGUCAAUAUGUGUUACCAUACCAAUAAGCCUACAUCAGGAUGAAUUUAAGGGUCACUGUCUAUUAUUUUCCACUGGAAUUUGGCAAGAAACAGAUGGGCAACUUAAAGUUGACUGGGCUUCACAAGGAUAUUGCAACUAUACUAUCUUCAUUGGUUCAGCACUCUUUGUAAUAUCUUCAAUUCAAAUAUACAGGUUAUCAUUGUUACUAUGCAGGGGACAAGAUAGUUCCUUCUUAUCAGCAUUUUUUGAUGUGCUAAUAAAUGUAUUAGCAUGUGGUGGCAUUAUAAUUGCUGCCUUAAUGAUCACACUUGGAUUUAUGGUUUGGUGUGACACUAUCACCCAAAGGUUUCCUUAUUGUGAGAUAGCUGCUGGUCAAAUGAUUGAUAAACAGGAUGGGAUUGAUACAAGCAUGUUUUAUAUUGAACUUGGAACAGCUCAGUUUGGCAUUUGGGGAUCAUUUGCAACUUGGGUUGGUUUGUGUGUAUUCUCAUUGCUGAAGUUGUGUCGUUAUCAUCAAAUUGAGAAUAUGCGCGUUUCUAUGUAUCGAGAGCGGCGUCGCUUGAUUGAGGAAAACGCCGAAUCGCCAGGAAAUUCGUUGGGAAGAGAAUCAACUCAUACUACUAGCACUGUGGCUAGUAAGGGCGAAGUGGAUUAAUCCUAUAAAUAUUCUAACAUUAUAAUAUCUAUUUUUUACUCUACUACUGUGUUAUUAUGUUAUUAAUAUUAAUCUAUAUGUAUAUCUAACAUGCAAUAAAUUUAUGUAUUUUUAAUUUA